AUGGACAACCUCGUCAUCGGCCAUGCACUAGAGUCUUGCACCAAAGACGUGGAGUCAUACGACAUGGAACUUGAUGGUGAAACCGUCCGGUUAAUCGACACACCAGGUUUUGACGACACAUACAGGAGUGAUACGGAUAUCCUGGAACUUCUAGCAAACUGGUUGCAAACGAACUAUUUCAAGGGCGUGAUGCUCACCGGAGUCAUUCUCUUGCAACCUAUCAAUGCCAACCGCAUCCAAGGGAGUGAAAGGAAACGUUUACGACUAUUCGAGAAAAUAUGUGGCCCCGAAGUGUUCUCCAAGGUUGUGAUCGCGACAACCAUGUGGGACGAGAUCCGCUGCCCCGAGGAUGCCAUGCAGAGAAUGGAGAUGAGGACGGUGUCAGAGGGGAUUUGGGGCCAAAUGGUUGGAAGUGGCGCGCGUGUGGAGCGCCAUGACGACAAUCAGGAAUCGGCACGCCGCAUUGUCUCUAUGCUGUGUGGCGAGUCUAAGCCUUUGGAGCUUCUGAUGCAGAAGGAGCUUCUACAUAAUGGUGGCGCGCUCGUCAAGACGUCUGCAGGCAUCCAGUUGAAUAGCGAGCUCGACGAAAUGAACAGAAAGCUACGGGUGGAACUCGAGGGGCUACAACAGGAGCAAAAAAAGCAAGGCAGAGAAGUAAUGGCGUUGGUUGAGGAAAGGAAAGCUUUGGAUUUGAAGCUUAGGAAUAUCGAACAGGAGAAGGAAAGGUUGGAAACUUCACAAACCAGGCGCGAGCGGUCGGAGGAAGAUUCUGCUGCUGAAGGAGCAGCUUUCAGUUACCUCGGCUAUCUAUAUUCGCUACUCACGUGA